CCUCCAUUGUAUACACCCACCACUGCCUCUCAGGCAACAAUUUACUGUAGAAUUGGACAAGCCUUUCUAGUCUGCCAAGUUUCUAAUCUCUCAGGAUUCAGUAAUACGUCAUACGACGUUGUUUAAACACCAUUAAGGCCUGAAACUCACGGAAGAGUCUCAACCAUGGCCCCGAAGAAGGAGAAGGGGCCGAAGCAGAUCAAGGCAGCUAGCGAGCUCACUGCAUUUUUGAACAUGUAUAAAGCUGCUUGCAAGCGGUACGCGGUGCCCGUCGACAAGCCUCUGACUGAGGAGGUUGAAGCCAAACUGCUGGACUUCAAGCCCCUGGAGAAGGUAUCGCUGCGGGGGCCGCAGCACACCAGCGGCUCCAUAUGCGCGGUCUUGGACGCCAUGGCAGGCUACGCCGCUGUGAAGAACUUUGCCUGCUGGGGCUGCAACCUGGGGGACGAGGGUCUGUAUGCGCUGUCACAGCUGCUGCGCGGCGCCACCACCCGCACCUGGACGGGCUCCAAGCCGCGGCUGCUGGAGGUGGUGCACGACGGUGCACAGGUGCCGGCCGACCGAUGGCCGGAGCGCUAUCUGGCCCACGCCAACGGGCUGGGCGGCAUGGUGACUCGCGGCCCCGGAUUCCAGCUGCCCUCGCUGGCGCUGGGGCACACGCAGGCGGUGACGCUGGACACGGUGCUGCUGCAGCCGGAGGCAGUGGCGGGGACAGCUGCGCUGGACCUGUCCUCGUUGGAGCGGCAGCUGACCAGCCUCAUGGCGUCCACCUCCACCGCCGUCACAUCCGUGCUGUAUGAUAACCUGAACACGGCGCGGCAUGCCAACGCCGGCGGCGCGGAUGCGCAGAUUCCGCGCCACCCCGCUAAUGGGCGACCCAUGCUGUACUCGAAUCCCCAACUGGCCUUCAGCCCGGAGGCUCUCAAGGAGUUUGCGUUAGCACUCGGAGCACAGGGGCACAUGAUACAGGUGCUGGUGCUAGACCACAACCACCUCGGCGACGUGGGGGCCAAGAUACUGGCUGCCGGGCUUAAGCGGUGCGCCCCGCUGAAGCAGCUGUCGCUGGCGCACUGCGGCAUUGGCCCGGAGGGCGGCGCCGCGCUGGGCGCCAGUCUGGUGCCGGACACCAACAAGCUGCUGGCUGACGUGCAGCCUAAGUACACGGUGCUGAACCUGAGUCACAACCCGCUGUGUGCGGCGGGCGUGAUCGCGCUAGCGAGCGGGCUGCAGCACGUCGCCUCACUCAAGGUGCUGCAGCUGGCCGCGGUGGAGCUGUACUCGGAACACAAGGACCUGGACGCGCUGCAGACGCUGGCCGACUGCCUCAACACCAACCAGUCCAUCAACCAGGUGGACCUGGACGCAAACGCAAUAGGGGACGUGGGUGCCACGGUGCUUCUGCCGUUCCUGCAGCAGCAGAAGCACAUCCGCAAGUUCCGGCUCACGCCGCGGCUCAGCCGGCCUGUGAUGCAGGCGGUGAAUGAGGCAAUACGAGCUAACCUGCCCAAGAAGGUGGUGAAGAAAAAGGUGGUGAAGAAGAAGUAGGCGAAUGGAGCGGGAGGUGUACAGCAAGGCCGGCUCAGGCUACUGCCCUACCGGUGCGAGAGCAGGCCAAUGGUCAGGUCAGCAGAAUGGAGUGUGAUGCGGCGGCAAUCGGGCUCGCGGUUGGCAGCAAAGUGGGCCGCGUUGGCUGGGUCGUGUUGAAGCGGGUGGUGGAUGGCAACGUGUCAGUGGAAAGCUGGCCUCAGUGUGACAUCGCUUGCCGCAAUGUUCAUGCAAUUCAAGAUGCAUCAUUGCUCACAUGCUCAGCAAGCCGGGUUAACGGGUUUGCAGCGGCGUGGUGCAUCCACCCGGUCGCGGAUUGCAAAAUUACUGC